AGUAAAUAAAAUGGAUCGUGAUGUGGUGUAUUUGGAUUACAAUGCAACAACCCCUGUUGCUGAAGAAGUACAGAUCAAGAUAACGGAAACCCUGAAAACGGGUUGGGGAAACCCGUCUUCCAACUCCGGAUUUGGAAGAAUCGCGAAAGCCGUGAUUGAUGAGGCGAGGACUCGAGUUGCUGCUUGCAUCGGGGCAGAAGCUUACGAGAUCAUUUUUCUCUCGGGCGGAACUGAGGCGAAUAAUUCCGUCAUCUGCUCGGUGGUUCAAGAUCAUGUCCGGUGGAUGAGGGAUGAACCGGAAGCGGAUUCGUGUAAGCCGCACAUCAUCACGUCGAGCAUUGAACACGAUGCGACGCUUGAGCCCCUGCAGGUUUUUGAGAAAGAGGGGCUAAUAGAAUCCACCAGGCUCCCUAUUGACCGUGAAACCGGAACAAUCAAUGAAACGCAGUUGCUGGAAGCCGUGAGGAAAAACACUGUUUUAGUUACUCUGAUGCUGGCCAACAAUGAAACCGGAGUCAUUUUCGACAUUCCCAGGAUCACCCGGUUGAUUGCUGAUUUGAAUGAGAAGAGAGUCAAGGAUGGAUUAUUGCGGAUUAGUGUUCACACCGAUGCCGCGCAGGCGAUUGGAAAAAUCGAGGUGGACGUGAAAAAGUUGGGGGUUGAUUAUCUCACGAUUGUCGGCCACAAGUUUUAUGGUCCCAGAAUAGGAGCCCUGUAUGUCCGUGCGCUCGACACGGAAGAAGGUGCCCCAUUCAAACCCAUGCUUUUCGGAGGCAAACAAGAGCGUGGGUUUCGUCCAGGAACAGAAAACACUCCGAUGAUAGCUGGCCUGGGAACAGCUGCAGCCCUGGUGACUUCCAUGGGGGUUGACAAGCUUCGGGCCUCAUUCAGUCGUCACAGAGACUACCUGGAGUCACAGCUCAAGGCCACAUUUGGAGAUGACGUGGUGGUGAAUUUUGAGUCUGUCCCUCGACUGCCGAACACUUGCAAUGUUUCUUUUAAACGCACUUUGGCCAAGGAUCUGAGUGGAGCCGACAUCUUGCGGAAGUGCCCAGGAGUUGUAGCGAGUACCGGUGCUGCUUGUCACUCCCAUAUCACUGGAGGAUCUAAAAUCUUGAGGAACUGCGGAGUGAGUCCCGAGUUGGUGAGAACUGCAAUUCGCUUCUCCACUGGAAGAGAAACCUCAAUGAAAGACGUGGACAAGGCUGUCGAAGAAUUGAAGGGUUGUUUCCGUGGUAUUUGAACUAAUUGUGGGUUGUGACGAUGAAGACGAAGAGCGAAAAGCGUGAUUUCGAGUAGUUCGUGGGGGAAAAAACAGCUUUAAGAAUUAGUGUAAUCUCUCGAAGCUUUCGAUGAAACGUGUCGUGCGGAAAUCUCAGUGCUCACAUUCACAAAUCGAAAAUGAAUGAUCCCUCAAAAUAGUUUGAUGUCAAACUGUCUCGAAAACGUCAUUUUCUGUGAAAUUUAGAAUGAACAGCUAAUUCUCCUGCAGUGGUCAGUGUUGCCAAGAGG